AUGGUGAUGGAAUCUGGACAACAGAAUGGACGGUUUUGGCCGCUCUCGCCCCGUCUUUGGCGUCGAAGUAAUGAGUACUCCAAAGUGGUGUUUGAACCUCGAAGACCUCCACUGUCUCCUAUUGAGAUGAGGAGACAUGAUAAGUUAGAUGUGACUCCUGAUUUGUUGCGAACAAAGAGUUUUAUCAAAGAUAGAUUGGAUCACUUGAAUUUGGAGGAAAGGAUCAUAGACGAGCGAAGAUGGAGUGUGGAUUCCAAGAAGCCUCCAUUGAGAGAAGCGAAGAAGAAAGUUGAAGAAGAUGUAGUGAAAUUGAGAGUGAAGAAGCAAAGGCAGCCACGACCGAACAGUUUGCAGCUGUUACUUUGUCCAUCCAGUUCUGGACAUUAUAGCAGCAAUACUUGGAGAUAUACCAGGGUCCGGUCUAAAAGCCAUGAGCCGGAAGGUGGCGGGCGGUGCGGCGAGGGUCCGCUAGCGCGCGCCAUGCAGCCCGCGCCUCCGGGCGGCUCGCCCAAGAGGCACCAGUCUUCCGCACCAGCACAUGGAGGCGCAGCAGGCGACCAGUCCACACUAAAGGUCCACCUUCCCAACGGUGGGUUCAACGUGGUGCGGGCCUCAGCUGACGAGGAUGUGAGGUCGGUGCUCCGGCUGCUGGCCGCCAGGCUGGCUGCUGGAGACAGGGUAUACGCGUCAUGCUUCGCGUUACGAGCAAAGAGGCUGACUACUGGCAAGAUCCGUUGGAUCCACCAGGACACGCCAGUGUCGGAGCUCCUGACAAAAUGGCCGGCGAGCGAGUGGCGGCUGGAGCUGCGCGUGCGAUACUUGCCCGCCAACCUGCGCGACCUCUGCGACGCCGACCGGGUCACCUUCCAUUAUUACUACGACCAGGUUCGACACGACUACCUCAACGCCAAUCAUCCAAUGGUAGACCAGGAUUUGGCGAUACAAAUAUGUUGUUUAGAAAUUAAAUACUUCUGUAAGGAUAUGCAAACAUCUCUGGACAAGAAGUCCAACAUCGAGUACCUGGAGAAAGAGUUUGGCCUGCACAAGUUCCUGCCCAAGUCUGUGCUCGACGCCAUCAAACCCAAGGUGCUCAAGAAGGCCAUACAACAACAAUUUAAAAAGGUGGCCAACCUAAGUGACACGGAAUGUAUGCUCAAGUACCUGGACACGAUGCACACGCACUACGGAUACGACCGGGAGACGUUCACCGGCGCGCUCGGCACUGGCUGGUCUAUACCUGUUGAGCUCGCGAUCGGACCUUUUAUUGAUAUAUCAUACGUGUCCCACAAGGCGGGCGAGCCCCCGACGUACACAAAGAUCGCGUCGUUCAGUGACAUCGUGGCUGUACAAACACUCAAGUCCAAUUGUACGCAACAGUCGCAGACACAGAGUGGCUCCUGUGGUAAGGCCGCGUUACAACUACGGGUAAAGGGAGCGACAGAGACGCUCACUAUCACGUGCAGCAGUGUAGAGGCUGCAGAAAGUUUAGCAGAUUUAGUAGAUGGCUACUGCAGGCUGGUCACAGAGUCACAAACAUCUUUAUGGAAUAGAACAACUACCGUAUGGAAACAACUCAAUUGUCAGUGCAAAACGGAGAUGAGCAGCAGUUCGUCGGAGGGUAAGACGAGUUCGUGGGAGGCGAACACGGCGACACUACUGUCCGAGGACUACGCGGAGAUUGUUGAUGAUGACGCCGACUACUCUACUCCUGCAGUUCGAGAUUACGAGUUAGUGCGGAAUCAAAUCGAACUGACAGGUAUCAUCGGUGAAGGACAGUUCGGAGACGUUCACAAAGGUACAUGUAAAGUGACAUCGUCGAACCAUCCGUCACUCCGGCGCCAGCUGGCGGCGGGCGCGGCGCGCGGCGACUCCGUACUGCCCGUCGCUGUCAAGACUUGCAAGAUGGACGCCGACCUAGACACCGCGGAGAAGUUUCUAGAGGAGGCUUACAUAAUGCAGCAAUUCUCCCACCCGCACAUCAUCGGCCUAGUGGGUGUAUGUAGUUCCCCGCCGAUAUGGAUCGUCAUGGAACUCGCUACACUGGGGGAGAUGAGGGCCUAUCUACAACAAAAUGCACACAGACUGGAGACGUGCACACUAGUCCUGUACAUCUACCAGCUGUCCACGGCACUCAGCUACCUGGAGAGCAAGAAGUUUGUACACAGAGACAUUGCGGCCAGGAAUGUACUUGUGUCUACUCCCACUUGUGUUAAGUUAGCAGACUUCGGUCUAUCAAAGAUGGUGGAGGACAAGUCGUACUACAAGGCGUCGCGCGGCAAGCUGCCCAUCAAGUGGAUGGCGCCUGAGUCCAUCAACUUCAGGCGGUUCACAUCCGCUUCCGAUGUAUGGAUGUUUGGCGUAUGUAUGUGGGAAAUAUUAAUGUUGGGAGUGAAACCCUUCAGUGGCGUGAAGAAUAACGACGUGAUAGGUAAAUUAGAGAACGGUGAGCGCCUCGCCCUCCCUCCUCGCUGCCCUCCUCGACUGUACUCCGUCAUGUCGCGGUGCUGGGCGUAUGAACCUAGUCAGAGACCCGCUGCACAUCAACUUAAGGAGACCUUGUUUGAGAUCCUACAAGAGGAGCGCAGUUCAGCGUGGGAGACGAUGCGGAGAGAGAACAGACGUGUCGCGGCUGGAUCCGUCAGCGAGGAACCCCCGCCCAAACCCCAACGACCUUCUAAUAAUAUUCCAGUGACCGACAACGUCCCAGGCGGCGCGGGCGCAGCGCAGACGUACAUAGUGGCCCAGAACCCGCUCGUACUGGCACAUCUACUCCGGGAGAACACGGCGCGCGCGCAUCUACCGCACGCAUACACCACGCCCGCCUCGAGUCCAGAAUGCGACAGUGAACAAGCGGUGGAAAGGCGAUUGCUAGCCGAACUAGCAAGACAACAACAUCAAAGCGAAGAAGACAGAAGAUGGUUGCAGAUGCAGGAAGAGAACUUGAAAAAGCGCUUGUCCAACGUGCAACUAUCAACGGAAUCUGAACCGGGCAGUGAACAGAAGCCGGACGGUACCAACACCAAUGAACCGAGACCACCUAGUCAGUCACAUUCAGCGACGACGUCUGCCGAGACGAGUCCUGCAAACACUGUAUCCAAAGAACGACCACCGAGCGAAGAUAAGUCUGGCCGCAACACGUCCGAGCCAGUGUACUGCGCGACGACGAGUGUAGUCCGCUGCGUGAUGCGGCUGGCGGGCGCGGCGGCGGGCGGGGCGGGCGCCGCCGGCGUGCUGGCCGCCGUGCGCGCCGUCGGCGCCGAGCUGCGGGACCUCUGUGCUACUGUUGAUAAAGUCGUCGUGCCAUUCCCACAGCAUGCGCAGAGGGAGGUGGAGAUGGCGCACCAAGUGCUGAGCAAGGACAUGGCGGCGCUGGUGGAAGCCAUGCGCCUCGCCAUACAGUACCACAACACUACGCUGCAGCAUGAGUACACUAAAAACAUGCUAGCAGCCGCCCACAUCUUAGCUAUGGACGCUAAGAACCUGUUGGACGUAGUGGACUGUAUCCGCGACCGACACCCCAACAUAGACUGGCGCGCCGCCUUACUGCCGCCGCAGGAACCUACCAGCCCUAACGCGCAGGUGGCAACCCCACAGAACCAGACCCUAACCUCGCAGAACCAAGUGUUCGCGCCUCAGAACCAGGUGUAUAUACCACAGAACCCGGUGCUAAGCAACCAGUCGUCGGUGCAAGAGGAAGAGACGCCACCUCCGAAGCCGGACUUCAAGAUCAACCAGCCAGUGACCACCAGCCAGCUCACUGUUACGGAACAACCACCGAAAGAACAUAGCAGCCUCCCCGCCGCGCCCAACAGGGUGUCCACCCUCAUACACAACUACAACCUCUACGGCAACGUUAGGGAACCACAACACAUCUAUGGCAACACCGAAGCCUCCUCCUUCCAAUACUCCUCAUCGAGCUCCGAUGACGUCAAGGUGGACUCCGCCCCCAUGGAGUCCGUCAAAAGUCGUGUUCAAGCCAUCUCCGGCAAACUUGACUCCCCCCCUAUCUAUUCCGUCAGCAAAAAAAUGAUACCACUCGAUCAAAAUAUUGGUCACACCGACCAAGGGUGA